CCAAGGUCGGGAAGUGAUGCCACCGCAAGAGGUGAUGAGGGCCUAUCCCGCGAGGAAGUGGACGUCAUGCCGUGGAGAGCGGAGUUUACCACUAUGGUGGCCCUGUGGCGCCCUCUCUUAUCGUAUGGAGUUUCCGUUUCGAGCGAAGUGGUAGUCGCUGUGGACGGCAUCCGCAAUGAUCGCAUCAAGAUGUCGAGGUGUCGGGGCGACAUGUUGCGCGAACCUCGGCUCAUGCUCGUCUUUUGGGAUGUUAAGCAGGGCAAGUCGCCGCGGCAGCUGCGGUCGCUCUUGUUGGACGAGGAAGUAGGCGACGCGUCGGCGGCAACACAGGCUAUUCGUUACCAAGACAUCCACGACGUUUCGACAUUCCGUUACACGGCUGACACACAGACUGUAAGCUUCUGGCUUCGAAAGGAUGUUGUGGACGCAAUGCUCGACGGACUGGGCGAGUGGACGGCUUACAUAUGGAGGACCGACAGCUGGGAAAACAUUGGUGAUGGGCUUCCGAUCGCGACCCGGUUGGAGAUGGGAGAGAGCUCGGCUAGCACCGCGCGUAUCAACCAGGACGGAGCUGGGCCAUUUACUUGGAUGGCCAGGGCAGGGCUGACUUUCCUCUGA